AUGGCGGAUGCCAGUGCCCCAGCCGAUGCCGGUCCGCCGAGUGGUCCGAGUCAACCACUCGAUCGCAUUGAUGAGCUGUCGGAUGAGCUCAUCAGGAGAGUGCAGGAGAGGCGCGGACGUUUGCGAGAGGAGAGGCAGAAGAUGACCCUGGAGUUUGAGGCUGAGCGAAGCGAACUUCAGGGUGAAGUGGAUCAUCCCUUUCUUCAGGUGAUUUUCAGAGGCACUGAUCUGAAGGCACUGAACCGGACCGAACCUGUCACCCACCGGCCCAGCUCUCUCGACGAGGCCAAGCGUGUUCAGCUUCACACAGAGUACUCCACCAGGCUCUUGCAAGCAGAUGAGGAGUGA